GAAAGCUUCCGAGGAUCUGCGAAUUCCUGAACUGUUGUCUUUCAAGUUCAAAAGGAAUUUGCCUCAAUAUUCCUUUUCCUACAUUUUUUCGAGGUCCAUUAUUAUUUUGGAAGCAUUCAAGACUACUUCGAUUAGGCCUAUUUGCCUGAGUCUGUUUUUAUUAACUCAUUAAAAUGGAGUUGUCGGAUAUUCCCUUCUCCAUCCCAUCAGCUGAUGAUUUCUACGACGACCCUUGCUUCAACACCAACGACAUGCACUUCUUCGAAGACCUGGACCCCAGGCUCGUUCACGUGGGUCUGCUCAAGCCCGACGAGCAUCACCACAUCGAGGACGAGCACGUCCGGGCGCCCAGCGGGCAUCAUCAGGCCGGCAGGUGUCUGUUGUGGGCAUGCAAAGCGUGCAAACGAAAAACCACCAACGCGGACCGCCGCAAAGCCGCCACCAUGCGUGAGAGGCGACGACUAGGCAAAGUAAACGACGCUUUCGAGACCCUCAAGAGAUGCACGUCCACCAACCCGAACCAGAGGCUGCCCAAAGUGGAGAUCCUGAGAAACGCUAUCAGCUACAUCGAGUCUCUGCAGGCGCUGCUCAGAGGUCAAGAUGAAAACUAUUACCCAGUCCUGGAGCAUUACAGUGGGGACUCUGAUGCCUCCAGCCCGAGGUCCAACUGCUCUGAUGGCAUGAUGGAUUUCAUGGGUCCGACGUGUCCGUCGAGAAGGCGAAACAGCUAUGACAGUUCAUACUUCAACGAGACGCAAAACGCUGACGUACGGAAUAACAAAAAAGCAGUAGUAUCCAGUUUGGAUUGUCUGUCCAGUAUCGUUGAGAGAAUUUCCACGGAGACCCCCGCGUGCCCCGCGCUGUCAGUGCCGGAGGGCCCCGAUGGACACCCGUGCUCUCCGCAGGAAGGGUCUGUCCUGAGUGACACUGGGGCUCCCGUACCGUCCCCAACCAACUGUCCCCAACAGCAGGCUCAGGAUCCCAUCUAUCAAGUGCUAUGAAGAUUCUCAACAUUUCAACAAAUAAAGAGGGACAAUCUGACUCAAGAAACAUUCAGCAGAAUAAAAAUGAAAAUUUUGAUCUUAACGACUUAAGAAAGAAAUUUCGAUCCACUGGAAACUUUCUUUCUUUCUUUCUCGUUUUCUUUCUUUCAUUCUUUCUUUCUCGUUUUUAUUCUUUAUUUCCCCCUUUCAUUCUUAAUUUAAUUUUUACGCUGUGGAAAACAACAAAUUUCAUUGUGAAAAUGGCUCGGCAGAUCAGCAGAAGUGAGUUUCUUAACUAUGCUUAUUUAUAUAAUUGUAUCCACGUUAAAAUGUGACCAUAUUUUUCCCUUUGUGAAUAGAAUUUCUGUCACAAUCACCUUUUUAUUUCCUAACUAUUUACGAGAGAAUCGUAAUUGAGAUUCGAAACGUAGGACCACUUUUGUACAUGUGUAAAUAAGAUCUGUUUUGUUAACGCAACGAAAACGAACAAACAUAUUAUGUAUUUAAUAAGGAUGCCUGUUUGAAGCAUUAGUUUGUUGUGUCUUGUUUAAAACUUUAUAUUUAUACUUCUUAAACGAGUGAA